AGAUUUAAAAGGCGAUUUGAAAGCUUUGGCAGUGUACAUCUGCGGUGUAGCUCAAUGUUGGUGUCUUGGUGAUUACAAAGUAGAUAUGGCCACACAAAAUAUGUUGCCCAUAUGAAAAAGCGGUACAUGAGCGAGUGGUCCAACCCAAGCCACACAACAAGAUAUUGUCAAAAAUAACAAAAAUGCACACUCUUCAAAGUUUUAUUAAGUUUUUUGAAACCUCUUAACGAUAUAUUAUCAGCUUUAUAAUUUCUGUGAUUAAUGAUUUUUAAUCUCCACGAAUCAGUCAUCUGCCGGUAUUUGUUGUUUCAACAUAAUCAGACACAGCGUCGAUGGAUUUCUGUAAGAAACAAAGAACAACUUAAUCAAUGUUAUUUUACCAAAAAAAAAGAAAAACUUAAUCCAUGUCGGACUAUGUUUGCUGAAAUUAUGCGAUGACCAAUUCAAAUGAAAUUUUGAUUUGGCAGAUAAAUGGAUAAAGCUUUACGUUAAAAUAUAUUUUAAUUUUCUACACCUAACCACACAAAAUCUACUCCCAUAAUUAUCCGUUGCUUUGACCGAGUUUUAUCUCCCGUUUAACUACGUAACAAGUAUAAUAAGAUAAUAUUUGGUCAUUUCAAGAAGCAGCUAGCCGACUAAAAGAUAUAAAUGGUAGGAAGGGACAUAACUUAUUUUAAAUAUUUGGGAUAAAGGAUAUGAAGAAAUGAAUCAAGUCUGGAACACGGUGAUCAACCACUUUUAGCAAACAUCCAAAAUAAAAAACAGACAGAGAGAACCUCAAACAACAAAGAAAGACGGAGGAAAAGGAGGAACAGUUACCGCCAACCAUGGCGGGUCUUCAGAGAUCCAACAUCUCCUUCCGCCGACAGGGCUCCUCUGGCAUAGUCUGGGACGACCGUCUCAUCGCCGAGCUUAACAAACAGGCCAACGAGCACAAAGCCGAAACUGACGAACAGGAAGGUCAGGAGGACCAGACAGCCAGACCCACCUCUGGAGGCGGAAUCGAGCCGAUAAGAACCGAAGGGCGCAUCGAGAGGAGUCGUUCCAACGGCGGAGGAGCAAACCGCCACCAUAGAAACACGGGAAGAGUGUCUCCGGCGGUGGAUCCUCCGUCGCCGAGACUGUCGGCGUUUGGAUGUUGCUCUGCUUUCGGGAAGAAACCGGUUAAACAGCAGAAAAGGCCACCGAAACGCAGAUCCAGGUAGGAAGUUAAUUACCAGAGGCAGAGGAUGAAAAGGGAGCAACGUCAAGUUAGAAGAAAAGAGCAUAAUAUACAUAUUACAUACUAGCAGUGUUAAUGAAUAUUCUCUAUCUUUUUAGUUUUUGUUUCUGCUUCUUCUUCUGCUUCUGCUUCUGCUUCUUUUAAUUUAAACUUGUUUUGGACUCGGACGAUGUUUAUAUCUGCUUGGUUUACUUCAGAUUCCCCCUACCUUGGGAGGGAGUGUUACCUA